UCUUGUCUCACUCUUUCCACUAUCCAAAACUCCAACUCAAAUCCAAAACUCCAGCUCAAAGCAUCAUUUCAUCAUAGAUUCUUCUCUCCACAACAACAUAAAUAAAAAAACAAGCCCUAAUUUCAUUUUUCUCAAUUUCCCCUCCUUAUAACUUAUUUACAGUUUAAUGGCGUCUUCUUCUUCGCCAAUUCUCCUAACUUCAAACCCCAAUUUCAUAUCCUCUAACCAUAAGAAACCUUGUAAACACCUCACUUUAAGACCUACCAAAAUCCCUAAUUUCAAUACACAAUUUAACAAAAACUCUUCUUUGAUUUCAUUUCAAUUGAGUAGAAGAAAAGGGGUUAUUGUUAGUGCUUCUCUGGGAGAAACAGAAACAGAAAAGGAAGAGAAGAAGGAGAAUGGAUUUCCUGCUACUGCUGGUACUUCUGUUAUUGGUGAAGAUUCAGCUUUUUUUGAUUUGGGUGAACAGAAGAUUAUAUCUUGGGUUUAUUUUACUGGGAUUCUAGGAGUUGUUUUGUUUGCCCUUGAUGUGAUUUGGAUUGAUUCCACUAAUGGGUUUGGUCUUGGUAAAGCUUUUGUUGAUUCUGUUUCUAAGGUCUCUGAAAGUCAUGAGAUUGUAAUGCUGAUCCUUAUUUUUAUUUUCGCCGCUGUCCAUAGUGGCCUGGCUAGUUUACGCGAAUCAGGAGAGAAGCUAAUUGGGGAACGUGCUUUCCGCGUUCUGUUCGCAGGGAUCUCUCUUCCUUUAGCAGUUAGUACUGUUGUGUACUUCAUUAAUCACCGGUACGAUGGAACGCAAUUAUGGCAACUUCAGACUCUUCCAGGGCUUCACCAACUAGUCUGGAUCUCAAAUUUUGUCUCCUUCUUUUUUCUCUACCCCUCGACCUUUAAUCUAUUAGAAGUUGCAGCAGUCGAUAAGCCUAAAUUGCAUCUUUGGGAGACCGGAAUCAUGCGAAUAACCAGGCACCCACAGAUGGUUGGGCAAGUCAUGUGGUGCUUAGCUCACACAAUCUGGAUUGGCAACUCUGUAGCAGUGGCAACCUCUAUUGGUCUAAUAGGACACCAUCUGUUUGGUGUAUGGAAUGGUGACAGGAGACUUUCUUCGCGGUAUGGAGAAGCAUUUGACAUUGUGAAGAGUAGAACGAGUGUCGUCCCAUUUGCAGCUAUAAUAGAUGGCCGUCAAAAGUUACCCAAAGAUUAUUACAAAGAAUUUAUAAGAUUACCGUAUCUGACAAUCACCGGGCUGACUCUCGGUGCAUAUUUGGCUCAUCCAUUAAUGCAGGCAGCAAGUUUUCGGCUUCAUUGGUAAGAGAAAAAGUUUGAAAAGAUGGUCUUUCUUUUGUUCCUCCAUAUAUAGCCAACACGGUUCAAAUUGUAUAUACUAUACUACUUAUGAUGCUCAUUCAAUCCAUCCAUCCUCGGAGUGGUUAACAGCAUUGAUCAUAUGUAUAGAAGUGUCCAAUGGAUUGACAGUAAGAACUCGAAUUCAUUACUUUGUGGAAAUAGGUGUUGGUUGAAGCAGGUAAAUCACAUGUGUCAUUUGCUUUACAUUCCUUACCUUUCCGUAUGCUCUCAUGUUUUUGCUGAUUUACAUUGUAUUAAAUUAAGCAGUUAUAUUUUACUUGACAGUA